CAGGGGCUGGGACCGGUGUUCUGGCGUGGAGUGGCGUGUCCCGUCCCUGUCUCCACCCGUGGAGGGGCCCAUGGCAGGAUGAACCCCUGAGCAGCGCAGCCUGACUUUGGUGGUAGUCCCGCUCUGCGCACAAGGCUCAACAGCAUGACCCAUAAAGAUCCCUUAGGCUGAAUUACCCCUGAUUCCACCAAGUAUUUCCUGAAUCCGUGUCGCGGUCUGAGAAAAACAUUUGAAAUUGGUCUGCAAAAUGAAGAUCUUGACUGCAGUCUACCUGCUCUAGAGGUGCUCUGUGAAUGGCAGCGUUUUAGUCCAUUACUGGAUCCUUUACUUCCCUGUAUAUCAACCCUGACUCUGCCAUGAGUGCCUCAUCCCUGCUAUUUGUGGUUGGAGCAAACACUGUGGAAGACCAGCGGGCUCGCUGGGAGAGAAAGCGCAGCAGGACAGCCAAGGAACUGCUGGAAACAGAGCACAAAUACCUUGAGCAGCUGGAUUUGGUGCUCACAUACUUUGUGACAAUUUUAAAGGCCAAAGGGACGCUGAAACCUGCUGUGUUGGAAACUAUAUUUGGACCCCUGGAGCCCUUAUAUUCAGCCAGCCAUGUUCUGUCACUUCACCUGGAGAAAGGGAAUUUGGGACCAGGACUGGAAAAUUUUUGUCUGAGUCUGGAUCUUUAUGGCCACUAUGCUGAGAAUUUGGAGGAGGCAAAUAUAACCUUGAAGAAACAAGUGAGGAAAAAUAAGUCAUUCCGGCAGUUUAAGAAACUCCAGGAGACUCGACCUCAGUUUAAAGGGAAGGAGCUAGAGGAUCUGCUUCUUUUGCCCCUGCAGAGGCUGCACCAGUACAAGCAUUUCUUCAGAGACCUGCUGGAGAACACCAGCCCAGACACAGCUGAGUACCAGAAACUUGCAAAGGCUGUGAAAUCUGUUUGUGAGGUAUCUCACUGGGUCCAAGACAUCUUUGAUAAGAGAGAGAACUCCUCGCAGCUACUUCGGGUUCAGAAAUUGCUCAAAGGACAAAAGACUCAGGUUUUGACUCCAGAUCUCACAGCUGUCUCUGUUUCCCCGGCAUGCUCAGGGCGCUGGUAUAUCCGUGAAGGCUGGCUUUUGGUGGUGCCUUCAAAGGGAGAACAACUGAAGCGCAGGAUGUUCUUCCUGUUCUCUGAUAUCCUCAUUGCAGCGAAGCCCUGCCACCCACUGCACCUGCUGAACUCCAACAAAUUGUCCUGCCAGGCUGUCUACCCGCUCCACCAGUGCUCAGUGGAUAAAGUGUUCGGCCACACGUGGAGCCAGGGAGGGCUCCUCAGUCUUUCCUUUCCACACAAGACACUGCUGUUGAUGUCCAACAACCAACAAGAGAUCAAUGACUGGUACCGGAGUCUCACAGCUGCAGUCAGGCAGCUGAAAGCCUGACCCGAGCACAAGACAAGACUGGCAGGACAACCACCCUCAUGGCAGAAGCUCCCACAAUCUUAUAAAAUGUUCAGGGACAUACAGUAGCACUGAAUUGAGGAGGACUAUACACUGUAUUUGUGAGAUGAUGAAUGCUUUGUUAGCUGCCCUAAUACUCAUACAGAUACUGCCAAAAAUGCAUUUGUAUAUAAAAAAGACCUGUAUCAAGGAUUUUCCCCAAUUUAGCUUAGAAGCUUCUAGCUUUUUGUACUUUAGUAAACUCAGAUUAUUAACUUUAGAUCAAGCAGAUGAAAGUGCGACUUAUUUUCCCUCAUUAAAUGUUUUUUAAAGGUGUUUUUGUAUUUUGUUAAAACCUCAGCACGGACUUUUAAUAAUGUGGAAGUUGUGCAGCAGUUUGGUUCAGAAAACAUCUAUUUGAAUAUGAUCAGCUGCAAAGAGAACAAUUUCAAGGUUAUUAGAAAUAUAAAGAUUAAAGUCUUUCUGAACACUGACCUCCUAGAAGUUCAACUAUUUUUUCUUUUUCCUUAAGUAGUAUCAUCCAUCUUUAAUUUCUCACUGGCAUUUAUUAAAACAGAUAAUAAAUACUGUUACUGUGUGAGGUGUCUACAAGAGAGAAUAAACAGUGGGGGUUCUUUGUCUUUCCAUACCAUUAGAUUGCUACACAGGCUCACUAGCUUAAAUCUCUUAAGUUUGUUAAACUUGGGAGGAGAAAUACAACAAGGUUUAGGAAACCACACUUAGUUCCACUGUGUUU